AUGACGAUGGUCGCCUCCGUUGACCUUCUGUCGCGGCUGACCACAGGGUCGCUCGACGGCUGUGACAGGCUGGCCGUCCCCGACCGUCAGCGCGGCCAGGAUACACGUGACAUUUGCAGGGUGACCGUCACGUCAGCGCAGCUCACCGGUGACACCGUCCGUCACACCCGCGUGGCGAACGAGCUGACCGGGCCGUACUGGCACCUCACUGUUCCCCGCGCGAUCGGAGCGGCUGAACAUGGCGUGCCCGAGACUGCCCCCAUCGCUGCUGCUGCCACUGCUGCUGCUGCUGCUGCCCAGGCCUCCGGUGCCGUCUCCUACGCGAUCAGAGGCAAGCUGCUGGUGGCGCCGAAGGUUUGGCGAGCUGGAUCCGAGGAGAGGGUCUGCGUCACCGCGUUCGACAUCGACUUCCGGAAGACGGAGGAACGACGAAAGAGGAUCGGUUUCAGUCGUGUUGGCCGUGGGGACCUGCUCCGAGACAUUAACUUGGAUAAAGCGAUCAGAAACACUGAAUUUAGUACCGCGAUCAAAGACAAUAAAAUUGAUAACAAGUUCAAAGCCACGCAAGACCAGCUAUCCGAUCAUCCGCGUGAAGAGGCCCGGCUUCCACUGCGGCUUACCCGCAGUAGACGCCAGGCAGCCGAUAGGAAGCCAGCACGGUCGACCAUCAGCAGUGCUCCCUCCUCGUCACAAUCGGCGGGAACAUCACGCCGCGAAGUUACCGUUUCCGUUGGCUUCGCCAACAGCGAGAUGGGCAAAAGUGUGUUCGAGAAGAACGAACAGAUACCGGUGGUCCAUGAAUUCAUCAGCUCUUGUUUCGACGUGUCGGUGCCGGACACUUUAAGGGCAAGCUACAUUUACCUGAAGGUUGACAAUGACUAUGCAGCAUGGUCUAAGGUCCGCGUUGAGCCCAAGGUACUAGUAACUCUGGUGCAGACGGACAAGGCCAAAUACCGACCUGGCCAAACGGUCAAGCUGCGAGUUCUCUCGCUUCGUCAGGACUUCACGGCACUCGACGAUACUAUCAAGGAGAUUUGGAUAACGGCGCCCGAGGGCGCCCGGCUGGCGCAGUGGCUCGACGUUCGGAUGGACGUCGGCCUCGUGCAGAAAGAGUUCCAGCUGACCCAGGAGCCGCCGCUGGGCCGCUGGACGAUCCACGUGCGCCGCGAUGACGGUUCCAUCACCAAGCAGUCGUUCGAUGUAGAGGAGUUCGUGCCUCCCAGAUUUGAGUUGAACGUCAACGUGCCUGGAGUCUUUUUCCGUGACUCGCGAGUGCUCACUGUUAAAGUCUGCGCCAAGUACACGUUCGGAAAGCCUCUGGUGGCUGCUGAUGUUCGCCUGCUUAUCACAAGUAAGGAGCCGAAUGCAUUUCGACAACGGACCUCAGGAAUGGGCCAGAACAAGUAUUCACAGAAGACUGACGGUCAAGGUUGCACAUCAGUCCACGUUUCUAUCUCAAGACUUCACAGCUCAUCGGAUAUUCCUCGUCAUAUAACGCAAUAUAAAGUAUCGACAAACGUGACUGAAGCAAGUACAGGCAUCAGCCAACUAGUAGAGAUGACUGUGUCCGUCAAAAACACUAAACUGUUUAAGGUAAUCAAGGACGAAUCACCCAAGUUUAUCAAACCAGGUUUGGACUACUAUGGGACGGUCCGUUUUGAAAGACAAGAUAGCUCCCCAGUCACAAACGAACGAGUAGAAAUCUGCCACACCGUCUAUUAUUAUCGAGAAACAGCAAAGUGGUCCUAUAAACAUCCGCCCAUUAUGAAAAAUGCUAACACUGACUCCUUCCGUGAGAAAUGCAGCAUCUACCGGACAGAUAACUCGGGGAGAGUGAUCUACGUCGUCCCGGCGCAGAACAACGAGCUCGCCUACAUAACACUCAAAGGACGCACCCUGGGAACCGAACAGCGUUUUUCGCUGCCCCUGGUACGCGCCUGGUAUUCUCCGAGAAAAUCGUUUCUGCUUAUUGACGCCCGGGGUGUGCUGGGUGGCGUCAAGUGCGGUCAGACAGUCACAGUCGACGUAAAGCACAGCGCAGACUUCCGUGCCGAAGUCAUGCGCUAUUUGGUGCUGGCGCGCGGCGACAUUGUCAGUGACGGGCCGGUGCACUCGAACUCAGUGAGGAUUGUGAUCAACUCCCGAAUGGCACCUUCGUUCCGUCUUCUGGUGUACGCUAUCGGCGACCAGAGAGAUGAAGUGGUCGCCGAUUCCAGAGUCAUCCGCGUGGCACCUUGUCUUCCAAAUAAAGUAUCGGUGUCGUGGAGCGCGGCGCAGGUCAGGCCAGGGGACACCGCCUCCCUGACGGUCACUGGGUCGCCCGGCUCGCUCUGCGGAGUGGACGCGGUGGACCGCAGUGCCCAGCUGCUGGGCACCUCCAACACGGUCAGCGUCGGCAAGGUGUUCAGUCAGGUGUCACGACUGAUUAUAGGGGAGAAGGCACUGCCGAGACUGGUGCAACCUUCCUACAAGUAUUGCUCGGGAGUUCCCAUCAGAUACAUAUCCAGUAAGAAGCCAUCAUGUCCGCCUCACCUUACAAGUAAUCCAGGACGCGGCCGAAAUACGAUUGGCGUGGAGAUUCCGUAUGUAGAAAAGAGAAUUGAGGCUUACAUGGAUGAACGCGAAGAUUCAGUAGCUGCCUUCGACAUGGCGGGCCUUCUAGCGGUGACCAGGCUAGAUCUACAGACGCGGCCUUGUGUUGAGCGCAUCGUUACCGUUACGAGGUACAUAUACUGCUAUCCAAAGGAUGUUAAGCACGACACUGGAGUUACAAUGAAUGGGGAUGUCCAGGCAGAAACGAAUUUAGAGAAUUCCGGAGCAGUGUCACAGAUCGAAGGCGACAGUUCUCUAGACACUCGGAACACACGAGGAAGUUCAAUUUCGACACAAGGUGAGAGCCAUGCAUCACCAGCAGCUUCAAAUGUGAUAGCUGCAGAUAGCCAGGCAGAUAGCCACAGUCAACGCCGUGAUAUAAUUGGUGUACGUGCUUCGCCAAAAACGUCGUCAGCCAUCCAACGUUCUGUGGCGAGGAGUGAUAACGAAAUAAUGGGAGUCUCUCGCCCGAAGAGCAUCUCACGAAAGGUUGAUAUCGACACGCAAAUAACAAAGGUUAAGACUGAAGAUGAGACAUCCGAAUCGAUCGAGCCGGUCGUUCGAUAUUUCUUCCCCGAAACGUUUAUAUUCCAGCUGCAUGCUCUAAAUUCAUCGGGCCAGAUUCGGCUCACUCAGCAGCUUCCUGACUCUAUUACCAGGUGGAUAGGCUCGGCGGUUUGCUCCAAUCGCCAAGUGGGACUGGGACUAUCUGGACAAUCAUCAAUAAAAGUAUUCAAACCGUUUUUUGCAGAAAUAAAUGUGCCCUAUUCGGUAAAACGUGGAGAGCUACUGCAGCUCAAAGCUUCUGUCUUCAAUUUCCUCCAUACACAGCUUUCGGUGGUUUUGCGACUUGAGGAAAUUCCCGGCGUGCAGCUGCAGGGCCAGCGUGAGAGCGCGCUGUGCGUUGGCACCGACCAGCCGUCAGUGAGCACGUUCCCGGUGCUGUUCACCGAGCUGGGCCAGCGCAGUCUGGUGGUGUCCGUCAGAGCCACCGGCGCGGCGUGCGGCAGGCCCAACGACAUCGGCGUCCAGAGUGAUGCUCUAGUGCGCGACAUCCUGGUGAAGCCAGAGGGCUUUCCGCAAGAGGAGGCUCUGACGGAACGAGUCUGUGCAAAGGAGGGUGGCUCCAACACGCAUGUGUUCGAACUGGGCUUCUCGCCGCGAGUGGUUCCCGGCUCGUCGCGGGCGGUGGUCUCCAUCUGCGGCGAUCCUCUUGGACAGGCCAUCACCCAGCUGACCGGACUGGAGAGCCUCGUCAAGGUGCCUCAUGGGUGCGGCGAGCAAAACAUGGUCUAUCUUGUUCCCAACAUCCUGGUCCAUCAGUACAUGAAAGCCAAAGACAUUCUCAGUGCUGAGCUGAAGAAGAAAACUGUCGAUAACAUGCUGAGCGGCUACCAGCGGCAGCUGAGGUAUCGCCACUCGGACGGCUCGUACUCGGCGUUCGGAGAGAGCCGCUGGCGCCGCACUCAGGGCUCCCUCUGGCUGACCGUGUACGUGAUGCGCUGGUUCGCGGUGGCCAGCAAGCUGGUGCCGAUCGACGCCGAGGACCUGGCCGCCAGUCGCCGCUGGGUGGGGCAGCACCAGCGCAGCGACGGAUGCUUCAACCGUGUCGGCUGGCUGUACGACAAGGCGAUGAGCGGCGGCGUGGCCGACGGCGGCCGGCUGGCGCUCACUGCAUUCACCGUGUUGGCGCUGCUGGAGGCCGAUUCGGGCUCGGCGGCGCUGCGCCGCGCUGUCCGCUGUCUGCGCGACGGCACGCCCAGCGGCCUCUACGCUCAGGUGCUGGUGGCGCACGCCCUGCUGGAGGCCGGUGAGAGGGCGGCGGCGGAGGCGGCCGUGCCAGGCCUGCUGCGUCGAGCCGUGCGCGGCGAGGACUCACUCCACUGGCGUUCGGGACGUUCCAGCCGCUGGAGCGGCAGCAGCGCGCUGGACGUGGAGAUCACCGCCUACAUGACGCUGACGCUGCUGCGACUGGGAGGCCACGAGACGGACGUCGCCGCGGCCGUCCGCUGGCUGGACCGGCGCCGCAACGGCCACGGUGGC